CAACGGACCUUCAUUUCCAAACAAGUAGCGCACCCAUAAGGACCCUACAUUGGACGCAAGUUGCUACCCCACAAUGUCUUGAGUUUGUUGUUGAUACAACAGUAAUUCUAGAUAUUAGUGUACGAGAUUGGCGCGUUUACGGCGUUUCUGUCUCGUUCAUGCUUUCACCCAUCACGCUUUCGACUCUGUCACGACGUUGCUCAUUCUUGCCCAUCAAAAUGGAAGCCUGUGGUGCCAUUUCUGUUGCUGUGCGUGUAUUGUGCGCUGGAAAAUCCCAACGGCGCCUCUAAGAGUGCGCAAAUGCAAAGUGAGGUUCCUGGGCUCUAGCUUCUCCAUAAGAAGAUCGUACGCUUCAAGGACAGGUCUCAGUGCUUUAUCCCCAGCCCGACCAUUUGGACAGUUCGUAAUGCUUCAUUAGUGCUUAGAAAGGGGUACAGCGGAGUCGAGUAGUACGUCCUUAUCAUCAGUUGUUGAUAGUAGAAAAAAGGCGAACUCGGCAAAUCGAUCGAAUAGGCCUUCUGAGCUUCAGCAAUUUAGCCCCUGUGUGGACUACAGCAAACUGUUGCUAGCAGAAUUAUGGUAGCUAGACCGGCUUGCUUCUAGUCGCCGCAUCUCCUCUGAAGCCCGCUACAUGUCCGGGCAGAGUAGUCGUAUGGGCCGCGUGUGCUGGUGAGCGCUCUUCUGUGCAAUGAUCUUUUUAAGCUCCCAUCCCAUGGACCGCGGACCUCGUCCAAUGCCGCAGUCUGCAAUCACCAACAGCCUCGCCAUUGCCGCGGUCAUCUAUCUCAGCAUCUUUACUGUGCAGCCUGUGUCAAUAUCAGUGCAUGUCCGUGCCAUUGUAAAGCGAAGGCAACAAAAUUCGAUAGUUAUCCUGUUUAGUUAUUGCUGAGACAUGUAUAUUCAACGAUAGAUUGACGAGGGUUUGCCGGCCUACUCAACCCAUCGUCUACAUAUCAAGUGAACUUGCUGCCGCCUGGUAGCGGAUCGUGUAUACAUCACGUAUAUGCAAUGUACACUUAGUGGCUGUAACAGACCACUGCAAUACAACAAUACCGUUUCGGAAAAUGAUGAAGUGUUGAGGCGAUAAGCAACGGCCCUUUCAAGGCGUGGCGGUGAUUAUUGUUGUCGCCGCCGUCGUUGUUAGAAUACUUUUGAACUGAUUUGCAGCAGCGCUAGCGUUGGUCUGAUCGUACAGUGACACCCUAUUGUGACAACAAAAUGCUUUCUGUGCGACGUUGCAGCAACAGCAUGACCGAGGCAGUGGUUUCGAGGGCAAGCCAGGCGGGCCUGGCAAUGAGUGCUCCAAAGCCCCAACAGCCACUGAGUGCCGCCUCGCCAGCGGUCGAUACUGUAAAUGUGAGUAUGUUAUUGUUUUUCGUCUUUUUCUUGCAUGUUUGUUGAUUUGUGUGAUUCGUUACCUUAAAUACGUGGCAGCUGGUAGCCUGACCCUGUUCGAUGCAAAGGCAUCAAGUGUAGACAGGGUCCAUAAAGUAAUAUGGCAGUAAUUUAAACUUUUUUAUACCGACAUAGUUGUCAUGAAGUUCUCUACAUCAGCAGACUGAUUUUUCUAUUUAUGAGUAAAUACUAAUUUGCUUAUAGACUCAGUUGUGUUACAUACAUUAUACUGAUUUGUUAUUUUCAAAUAUCAAUAGAUGAAUAGAUGGAGUGAGCGGUAGUGUUUCUCGGAAAAGAUUUUAUAUAGGUCAUACAAAGAGCAAAACAUCUAAUCCAUCGGCAUCUGCUGAGCUGAUUCCGGUCAGUUUUAUCUGGGAAUGAGCAGAGCGUGCGUUUUGACAAUAUGCUAUUUCGAACCCGCUUAUUAUGAAUCAUAUUAUCAGCAAUUUCAUAAGGCAAAUAUUAGAACUAAGCACAAUCGCGAUAUUAUUGGGUGGCAUCAGCACCAGCACGAGAAGCAUCGAAGUGUGUGUUAGCGGUGUUUUUCCCCAAUGUGUCUGUCUAUCACUCCUAAGCCAUGGCUAAAUAUAAAUCUUGCGUAAGCCGGUUUUGUCAUGCAUGUUUCUGCAAAUUUACAUGACAUGUAGGCAGAUUGGAUUGGCUUGAGUUAAUAUGCAUGUGCUUCUUAGGCUCGUUUUCGUCGAGAGCGUUUGAAGUGUGAUUCGCAGUCGCGUCAGCUAGAGCGGUCGCAGAAUAGAAUAGCAACGUGUAUUUUUCGCCACGUCUGCCAAGUAAUGUGCUUUGGUCUUUGGCAGAAACAGGUACCGACCACUCGACGUUUCGAAAUGGAUAUUCCUACUCUAUUUCCUUCCGUUAGAUAGCAUGCUCAUUAUCGCUAAGUUGCUUUUGCCACACAAUUUCCUAGAAGGGUCAGUUGCGUGUACUAAUUCGUUGAUUCAUGCGACGCGCAGCUUACGAAUCUCAAACUUGGCGACCAAGUGUUGGAGCAACAGAUGUAUUUAUUGGAUAAAGCAUUUUUACGUUUAUUGGAAUCUUAUGGACUCGGAAAUGAACCCGUUACGUUUGAAACUAUUGUGCAUUCUCUCAAGCAAUACAUCGUCUCACAUGGACUCUUCCACGUGUCUCGUCCAGACGUAAUAAUUUGCUCCGGUGAUCCUCUGGGUGUAUUAUUCAAAAGGACGUCAUUUACCAAUCGAGAGGCUGUAAGCCUAAUCAGGAAGCACAUAUCUCCUGUGUUCACUCAAAAACGACACGAUGUUGGAUCGCCUGCGUGUAUUAAAGCGUCGACGGACGUAAAGGUACUGGAUGGGGUCAACGAUGACCACAAGGCUAGUUCAUCUGAAGAGGAGUCAGAAAGCGUUGAAGAACUGGACGUGGAAAUCGCCUUUAGUGAACAAGGCAGUGGGAGUGGCCUGUCGCUCUUCGAAGAAUUCCAAGAUAGUGGCAAGAGGAUCGUUGGCUCGCUAUCCUCAUCUGAUUCGUUGUCCGAUCUGGACGAACUUGAUGAUCCCGAAGAUCGUACGGCAGCAAGCGUUGUAUCGAUACUUUCUGAGUAUAACGAAUUUGAACCGCUUAGUGACGGCGGCUCAGAUGAUGAUCUCGAAUCUUUCUCAAGUGACUCUGAUCUCGAAAUACAUAUUGUUGAGGAGAAGGUCACGGUGGAGAGCGUCGGGUACGAAGAUCACGGGUUCUUCGCCGAUAGCUCGGACGCCGAUGUUAGCAACACUGCCAAUACGGAGCACACGGUGGAGAAUCCGUGGUUUUGCAAGUGUCAGAGUGAUGAGGCGAAGAGCAGCAAAGGCUUUUGCCACAGUUGCUGGACAGCACAGUUCGGCUGGCGCAAAGAGGAUGAACGCAGGGUGCCGCCGAGUGUUCAGCGUCGCAAACGGGCCAAACGGCACAGUGCUCAAACCGAUGAAAGCGCUUUGAACACCAAGAGACGUCGUAUCGAUCUAGGACAACUGACCAACUAUUCGGAGACUGCCUCGUUGCCACUGGACGGCUCCUCUGAAGACGUGAACUCGGCGUCGCAGGGCCAAUGUUCGACGGUCUCUGUAUGCGAAUCGUCAGUGUCAACAGACACAACUCCAACGACUUCGCCGAUUGGUGUCUUGGACGCUCUAGGGACGUGCAUCAUCUGCGAAUCGCGUUCGCGAAACACGGCUUUUUGUCAUGGUCGUUCAGCCCAUAUCGUUGCGUGCUAUAAGUGCUCACGUAAAGUGCAGGAAAAGGGCCUUAAAUGCCCCCAAUGUCGUCGUAUCGUCGAGCGCGUCGUACGCCUUUACGUGUAGAUAAACUGUAUAUUUAUUACUUUUUUGGUUCGACUUAAACGGGCAAUUUCAAAUACUAACAGAAAUUUCGCAUGUAGCGGAAACCGAAAUGUGAAUAAAAUGAGAAAACAAAAAUCGAGCGUGAGAAGAACAACGCGGAAGAAAACAGUUUUUUUGACGAUUUGUCACUUGCGACUGAAGGAAUCGGUUGUAAGAUGGUGACGUAAACACCUACAAAAUUCGGAUAUUCGGCACGUCUUUGUUUGGUUUAAAAACUGCUUUUUUUUAAAUUUAGAUUUGGUAGUUCUAGCUUACUUAAGUUUUAAGUUUGUGACUUAUCGAUUAAGUAGUUCCGUUCAGAUAUCAUGCCACCCGGAUGGAGUUCUUUUCCAGCAAGAAACAUAUCUAGGCGUAACUUAGCGUACUUGCAGGCUUAAUACAUAUUACAUGUAGAAGGGAAAAAGACUAUUAGGAAAAAUAUAAUAAUAUAGGGUACAGAAACGAUCAGAAAAGGCACAAUUGGCGUCAUGUCAGAAAGCCAUGCCACCUGUCAAACGGUGAUUAAUGCACAACAGAUGGAUAUAUCUAUAUAUUUAAAUCUUAUAUAUAUAUAUAUAUAUAUAUAAUUAACAUUAUACAACUGACGUUCUGUUUUUACCUUCUUUAAUCUAAACGGAAGGAGAAACCCUUCAUAAUAUAAACCGCUAGUCAGAUUUCCGAUGCGUGGACACAAAAACAGGUAAUCCAGGGCAAAUCGGUGGCUGAGUCCUUUCGAGUUCGAAUAACCGUUCACGUGGAGACUAGACGCGUUUUCAAAUGGGACUGGGCAUCCAAGUUCCUUGAACAUUUUUUCUUAUAGUUUAAGGAAAAUCAAACAAAUAAAUUGGUAUACGAUCGUUAAAAUUUAUGUGGAAUACAGCUUAUGCAUCGUUCGAAGAAAACAAAGAAAAUCGACUAUUUCAAGCGUAAAAAAAUGCUACAAUUUGCGUGUGUGAACGUGUUAAAGCGAACAGUUACAUAGUUGUGUAACCCUUUAUUCUAUUUACUUGGGAUAACACACUGUUAUCGGUAAGAACCAGUCUAUCGUGAAUAUGGCAGUAACUACUUAGCAACGAAUGGAUACUAAUAAAACUCAAAUUAAUCCAUGGGAGUAUCUAUCGAUGAAGAUUAUCAAGUUCUUCUAUACGUGGCUACGGAAAUAACUUUUUUUGAUUCUUUGGGCACUGGCUGACAAAUUAUUGUUAAAAAAAUUUGUGUUUUAAUCGUUAGUUAUGCGAAGCGUUCUGCAGCGAAAGACCUGACACAUAGCUAAUUUCAUAAUGGAAGCUGUAAAUAAUAGUUUCUAUAUCUAUAACCCGCGUGGCUGAGAAUCCCAUGAAAUCGCGAAUCUUAGAUAAAACAUUUCAGCAGCAGGUUAAUUUUUUACAAUUGAUUCUGUAGAAAAAUGCAAUAAUUUAACAAAUUUCUAUUAAUUGAAGUUGAAAAUCAUUAGCAAUUGUUUUUGUAUUAGUGAAACAAACAUGGCGUAAAAUAGAAUUGACUGCGGUAAGCUAGCUAAUUGUUAUUUUUACAAGAAUAAAUCACAAAAAGUAGAAAAAAAACUAAAAAAGACUGGAUGAACCUAUUAUAGGAAAUGGGUGAUUAAUAAAAGCGAACGUAAUUCGUAA